UCCUCUAAUUCUACUUUUAGCAACAACAUCUUCCUUCCCUUCAUCUUCAUUUCCCCUUAUUACCAUCUUAACUUCUUUCCUUACACUUAAACUUAUAAGCUUCCUUGUUGCUCACCAUCAGACUAUCUUACAAUGGAACCUGCAAUAAUCCCUCUAUCUGCUGUUCAUCCGUAUUCAUCAAACUGGACGGUAGCUCUCCAAGUUAUAGAAGUUGCUUGUAUAAAAAAUAAUUUGCACCUCCAGCAAAACUUUCAAACCUUUCUGCUUGCCGAUUCACAGGGUGUAACAGUUAAUAUGCAUGUUAUCGGGAACAUGAUUCAUCGACUUGCUGGAUUAUUGCUACCAUUUAAAAAAUACUAUAUUUCUAGAGCUAUUGUUCACCACCUACAUGAUGGUUCUGCUCCUACCGAAUAUCCAUUUUACUGGAUUGCUACUGAAGCUACAUCAAUUCGUGAAAUUGACCAACUCGAUUAUCCCUCUCUUCCUUCACAUUUUCAAUUAUAUCCAUUUACUCUGCUAGACGCCAUUGCUGAUACCGAACAGUUAAUAACUGUCAUGGCAGGCGUGCUUCAUGCUCUACCUAACAAAAUUAUCCCUAUUGAAGGAGCCCCAUGUGUAGUUCGAGACUAUGUCAUAGCUAAUGAAGACAUGAAACCUUUGAUACUAACUUUACGCGGUGAGCUUGAAGAAAAUUAUGGCCCUACUAUUGCAGCAGCAGAAGACCCUUUUCCAGUUAUCAUUGCCAUCAGAGUCAAAGCUACAACGAAUCAUUAUUUGAGUCUUUCAACUAAAUCUUCCUCGCUGAUUUUGAUAUCUCCGAUCGCUCAACAAACGAUGCAUUUAAAAACGUGGCAUCAUGCCCAUGCCCAUGCGCUGAGACGAAUGAUUGAUGAGAGCAGUUACACUAACCCACGCAUUCUUCUUCCUCCUGUAAACGAUAAUCGAAUCACUCAUAUUGCUACUCUUCUUCAGCAAAAACCAAAGACUGCCUGGAUUCAAGGCAUUGUGGAGCUAGAUUACAUACCUCAAAAGUUAGCUUAUAUAGCUUGUCCCCUUUGUUAUUUUCCAAGCAAACUUGCAAGCAAUUUGCCUGUUACAUGUCAACAUUGCCACUCUAACAUGGAUUUGGUUCCUAGAGCUCUCAUUGCAAUUUCACUCAUUGAUGCAACUGGAUCUAUAUGUGCUACUGCUAUAGAUAUUGAAGCAGAGAGACUAAUUCAGUAUUCAACCGCCGAGCUAUACUAUUUACAACAAGAGAAUGUUGAUCUUACUCAAUACCUUGCGCAUACUUUACAAGGGAAGCUGCUCAUGUGCUACAUUAUGCCCUCUCCUUCCAAAUUCAGACUCAUCAGACGUGCAGCUUAUGAAAUAAUCACAUCCUACUCAGCCCAUGAAGUUUUUAAUGCUGAAAAUAUUAACAUAAACAAUCUUAACAUCAAUGCUUAACCUUUUACUUAUUUUGCAUACAUUACUGUUGCCUUUAAUGUCUUUUCUACUGUAUGUGUUAAAUCAAAAUUCCCACAAACAAUAACUAUAUUUACUAUUUUAUUGUCUUUAGCUUUA